AUGGGAGUAUGCCAAAGUCAAGAAGAGAAAAUAAUGGUACAAAAAAGCAAGGCUAUUGAUAAAGAAAUGAUGCAAGGCCAUGCUGCGCAACAAAAAAUUGUUAAGCUGCUACUUCUCGGAGCAGGAGAGUGUGGCAAAAGUACGGUGCUCAAACAAAUGAGACUUCUUCAUACGCAUGGAUUCAGUGAAGAAGAAAUAAUGAACCAAAAAGCUGUAGUUUAUAACAAUACGGUUCAAGCGAUGGCUGCUUUACUUCGUGGCAUGAAGACCUUGAAUAUUUCUUUUGAGAAUCAACAACGAGAGGCAGAUGCACGCAUGAUUUUCGAUGUGAUUAAAGCAGGUUCAGAAUCUGAGCCAAUAAAUUCCGAAUUAGCUGCAGCUUUAAAAAGAUUAUGGAUGGAUAAAGGAGUCUCGAAGUUAGCUUAUCAACGUGGCAAUGAAUUUCAACUUCCAGAAUCCGCUGCUUACUUCCUUGAUGCGGUAGAUCGAAUAUCCAUGCCGGAUUAUAAGCCAACUGAGCAAGAUAUUCUUCUUAGUCGAAUUAAAACAACGGGUAUUGUUGAAGUGAAGUUUCAGUUGAAGAAUGUCGAUUUCAGAAUAUUCGAUGUUGGUGGUCAGCGGUCAGAGCGAAAAAAAUGGAUUCAUUGUUUCGAAGAUGUGAAUGCAAUUAUUUUCAUAGCUGCCAUAAGUGAGUACGAUCAAGUGCUCUUUGAAGAUGAGACAACGAAUCGAAUGAUUGAAAGUAUGCGAUUAUUCGAAUCAAUAUGUAAUAGUCGGUGGUUCAUAAACACUUCAAUGAUACUUUUUUUAAAUAAGAAGGAUCUCUUUGCUGAAAAAAUCAAAAAAACAUCGAUAAAAGUGACGUUUCCUGAAUAUGAUGGCCCACAAACUUAUGAUGAUUCUGUCCGAUAUAUUGAAGAAAAAUUUGAAGCAUUGAAUGCGAAUCCAGAAAAAACAAUUUAUAUUCACCAGACUUGUGCUACCGAUACGAAUCAAGUUCAAAUGAUUCUAGAUAGCGUCAUUGAUAUGAUAAUUCAAGCUAACUUACAAGGAUGUGGGUUAUAUUGA